UCUCGCCGGGUAAAAGGGAUUUGACAGCGGCUGGUCCGUCUGGUCCCGGAGCUGCUCUCAUCGUCCACCAGCUUUACUCCCUCUCUGCGACCGGGGGGGGACAGAGCCAUGGCUGCGGCGGCGACCUGCGAGCAGCCGGCCCCCGUGUGCACCAAGAAAGCGCUUUGUUCCCGGGAGCAGAGCCGAAGGAACCGGGAGAGCUCCAAGCGCAGGCAAGCGGCUCUUCUCUUCCUCAGCAAUAUCUCGCUGGAUGGACGGCCCGUGCAGAGUAACCCUCCCCGGAUAGACAGCGACGUCCCCGGCGUCAGCGUGAGCCCGGAUGCCGCCGCGAACAACAAUAACACGAGCUACGGGACUUUUACGCACAAUACGGCGAGUUCGGACGUGCCCAGAGUUCUCACCGUGCCGCCUAUCCUGGUCCUACCGUCGGACACAGCGGGUCUGAGCGAUGCCGAGGUGCUGCUGGGCCGUCGCCGAGGAUCCUUCCCUUCGCCCGGGGACACUAACCUCCUGUCCCCGCUGUCCCCGUCCCCCUCCAACGCCAGUCUGCUGCCUUCGCCUCUCGGACCGCGCAAGUCGUCCACGCUUCUCUCGGUCCACAGUUGCAACUCGGUGUCGUCCUCGGAGCCCAGACAAAGGAUGAGGAACCUGUCCGGAGGCUCUCCCAGACCCCGUCACCCCAAGAAGACUCAUUUCAUCAAAAACAUGAGACAAUACGACACCAGGGGGAGCCGGAUAGUCCUGAUCUGUGCCAAGAGGUCCCUGUGUGCUGCCUUUUCCAUCAUGCCCUACGGAGAGAGCUUCUAUCUCAGCGACCCCACCCUGAACCACCCACGGAGGAGACACUCGUCUGGGAACAUCUCGACCCUGGAGAUGCUGCCCGGGCUGGAGGGCUUCCACCUGGACACGUACGGCAGGUCCGUAUCGUACGCCCAGUUCCUGUACCCCACUAAUGCCCUGGUGCGGCAGAAACCCUCCUCCACCCUGGAGCUGAGCCAGACCCUCCAGCUCCCCGUGUCCAGAAGCGCCCACAGCAUCGCCCAUAGCCGCACCCACCCACCCAGUCAUCCGCCUAGUCGCCCACCCAGUCGCCCACCCAGUCGCCCACCCAGUCGCAUCAACAGCACCGUCGGACUGGACCUGGGUGUGGAUGAUUCCUCUGACUAUGACCCAAACCUCCUCAGCGACCCCCAGUGGCCUUGUGGGAAACAUAAAAGAGUGCUUAUAUUUGCUUCCUAUAUGACGACGGUGAUAGACUACGUGAAGCCGUCCGAUCUGAAGAGAGACAUGAAUGAGACUUUUAAGGAGAAGUUCCCUCACAUCAAACUCACUCUCAGCAAAAUACGAAGUUUGAAGCGGGAGAUGCGAGCUUUUGGAGAAGACUGUGGGCUGCAGCCGGUCACCAUCGCUAUGGCCUUCGUCUACUUCGAGAAACUGGUGCUUCAAGGUCGACUCAACAAACAAAACAGGAAACUGGUGUCAGCGGCCUGCCUCCUACUGGCCGCUAAGAUCAGCAGCGACCUCAAAAAACAGGAAGUCAAGCACCUCAUAGAUAAGCUGGAGGAGCGGUUCCGGAUCGGCCGCCGGGAACUGAUCUCGUUCGAGUUCACUAUCCUGGUUGCCCUGGAGAUGGCGCUGUACCUCCCCGAGAGCAAAGUCCUGCCCCACUACAGACGCCUGGUCCAACAGCAGCCUUUAUAGCAGCAAGUCACCUGCACCACACUGUACAAGAAGCACACCCAUGGAAGUUACAGCGGCUGGAGUUCACAAUAAUAAGCUUGGUUUGAGUAGAUCUGUGCUGAUACUUUGCAGCUGCAUCGCGCUGGGGGUGUUCUACAUGUAUGCAAGCACUGUCAAAAAGUUUUAAGAUUGUUAGAAAAUUAAAGACAAAAAUACAAAAUUGAUUUAAACAGCAUAUUUUCAGGAGUCUGUGAUCAAUUUGAACGUUCAUGGUCCUGUUUAGGAGUUUGAUUUUUGACAAGAAUGGUUUAAAAAAAAGCUGAAACUACAACAAGAGAGCUGAUUUUUACUUUUAAACAAGUCCUUCUCAAAUAGAAUUACAGCUACAAGCAUUAGCCAACCUUUUUUCAGUUUUUCACUCUCACCUUUUUUGUUGAAAAUGUUGAAAACACCUCAACAGGACAAUGAAUACUCCAGAAGCUCCUGAAAAUAUGAGGAAAAGAGCUGGCAUUUUUGUUUGGAAAAGCUUUGGGGGUGCUGUAUUUCUUCAGUGAGGAUGCACAUUUAACUUAUAUAGUAUAGUAUAAUAUUAACUUAUAGUAUUUUAUGGACGUGCGCGCCCCCUACCAUGUUUACUUUGCAGUUUUAAACCAUUUUAAAUACAGUUCGCUUCUGUAGAGAUUUAUAAAAACUAAUAAGCAUAAAUUUUUCUAGUGUGGUCUCUGUGGUGGCCAUUGAAUAUUUUUAGUCAAAACUAAAUGUCCAAUGAAAGUGGGACAAAACCUUUUCCCUUUGAUACUUUUACUUUUACUUGAGUAAUUUUUUAAUUUAUCUUUGCUUUAGUAUCUGUACUUUUAUUGAAGUAACAAAAUUGAGUAUGUCUUCCACCACUGAAGACUAUUAAACCUUAACUGUACCUUUUUUCUGUACAUUACGUGAAGAAUUUUAC